AUGGCCUCCCUGAAUCCUUUUGUCCAUCCAAAGGAUCUGCGCCGACGAGCACAGGGCGAGGUCCUGGUGCACCGGAUCCGUCGCCCCCCACUACAGGAGGAGCCAUGGCAUCCGGUUCACCGUGCGUUCUGCCCUUCUCCAAGAAUGGAUCUACGCCGACGACCCCAUACUGCCCAAGGUCCAUUCUCCCACCAUGCUUCCACCACUAUCAAGGGUUAUGUGAAGACUUCAUUUAGUUUAAGGGAGCUGGUUCAGGCAAUUAACACAUGCGACUACGAUAUGUCUACGAGUGGACAUUAUUCCAAGAGAUCAAAGCAUUUGUUAGACUUAAUUUCUGUUCGUUUCGGGCUAUGCAUUGUCCCAGACUUUGUAAUAAGGAUAUGGUACAUCAUCAUCACCGAUGAAGAGGAGAAGGGGUUUAUCGUGUCAGGAAAGGUAAGGCAACAGAGAGCCUCAUGUUUUGUGAGCCAGAUGUUCCUCUUUAAGACCUGGAUGGGCAACCUGUUGCAAGUGCUCAAGGGGUGUUCAGAGCAUAUACUUCUCAAGGCCAACAUUGUGAUGCAUGUGUAG